AUGACUAACAAGAAAAUUGAUUUUUCUUCACUUUCACACACUGUCAUCCCUUUCCAAGUCAACCUUACUCCCUCCCAAAAAUAUUUUCAAACAUUAACUGAGGUUGAUUACUUUAAGAAUUACAACGACAAUGAUCGCAAUAAGGUUGAUGUCUCUCUAUCUGCCUCUACCGCUGCUGUCUCUGUCCUUGACAUUGAUCAUACCAACAUGCCGUCUUUGUUGGAUUUCAAACUAAGCAUUGGCAGUGGUCUCGAUCAAAAUCAUCUCGCUACCAAUGAUGCUAGUGAUCAAGAUGAUAAUGACAUUUCAUCUAAAUUCGAUCACGAAAACACUAAGAAUGAGAUGGCUGUUCUUCGAGGCAAACUUGCUCGAAUGAAAAUGGAAAAUUGUCGAUCGAGUUUCAUGCUUGAUCAGCUUCAAACACAGUAUGAUACCUUGCAAAUACGUUUUGAGAAAAUGAAGCAGGACAAGAAGGCCGAGAAAGUUGAACAACAAGAAGGGUUUGAUAGAAAACUUGGAAAUAAAAGGAAAUUUGAGAACGAUGGAGUAUCAGUUUCAAGAGAUUUUUUGGAGUCUGGAUUGGCUAUUAAUGCAGAUAUUGGGGUGGAUCGUGAACCCUCUUCUUCAAGAACAAGAAAUUAUGAUGGAUUGGGAUCCACGCCUGAGAACAACAUUGAAGUUGCCUCCAAAGAGUUAGUCCUAACUAAGAAUGGGAAAGUUAGUGAUGAAGAAAAGAAUGACUAUGGUAAAGGAACUAAAGGAGAGGAUAAUCAUGUUGGUCAUGCUGAGAGAUUUCAAAACCCGAGUCCUCUAAACUAUGCUCCAAACUUUGUUAAUGAUGAUUCAACUGAUGUUGCUGCAAUCUUGAUGAGAGCUAUAGAGUUUCUAUUAGAGCUAGAUAAGAUGGAAUCAUGUAUAUUGCUUCCAUAUAAAGUUGACUCAUAUCUCGUACAAAAGUGUGCUAAAGACAAAAAAGUGGUAAUCACAACAUAUGAAGGCUAUCAUAACCAUACUUUACCUCCAGCAGCAAUGGAAAUGGCACAAAUAACUGCAGCAGCGGCAAGAAUGCUUCUUUUAGAAUCAACUUCAAGCAAAGAUGAAACAACAAAUGCAACUAUUCCUGGUUCUACAAGUCUCGCAACUAUCUCAACUUCUGCACCAUUUCGGUCAAUAACACUUGACUUUACACAAACUCCAAAUCCUCUACAACUCCAAAUGCCUCAAAAAUAG